UCACCAUUCCAUUUGUUUCCUCAGUUACAUAACACGAAACAUUACAACAUUCUUAUAUUCUUAUUCCAUCUUGAGGGAUGUUGUGAGUGAUACCUUUCGUGCGUUUUCUUUGUCACAAAAAUCUCUCUUCCCUCUCUCUACAGAAUGGCAGCGUGCAUAAUCACGGUUUCACAGGACGGAACCGCUGAUUUCCUAACGGUGCAGGCGGCGAUCGACGCCGUGCCGCUUGGCAACAUUCGCCGGACGGUGAUUCGGGUCUCGCCGGGAAUCUACCGGCAGCCGGUGUACAUCCCCAAGACCAAGAAUUUCAUCACUCUCGCUGCUCUGUCCCCUGAGGACACUGUGCUUACCUGGAACAACACUGUCUCCGGAAUCAAUCACCAUCAACCUGCGAGGAUAAUAGGGACUGGGACCUUCGGUUGUGGAAGUACCAUUGUGGAAGGGGAGGACUUUAUUGCCGAGAAUAUUACUUUUGAGAAUUCUGCCCCUCAGGGUUCAGGUCAAGCAGUUGCAAUUAGAGUAACAGCGGAUCGAUGUGCCUUCUACAAUUGUAGGUUCCUUGGAUGGCAGGACACAUUGUACUUACAUUACGGUAAACAAUAUUUGAAAGAUUGUUACAUUGAAGGAAGUGUGGACUUCAUCUUUGGCAAUGGCACUGCACUUUUGGAGCAUUGUCAUAUCCACUGCAAGUCUGAGGGCUUCAUAACUGCACAGAGCAGAAAAUCAUCACAGGAAACAACUGGUUAUGUAUUCUUAAGAUGCAUUAUCACGGGUAAUGGAGGAAAAUCGUAUGCAUAUCUUGGACGACCGUGGGGCCCUUUUGGAAGGGUGGUCUUUGCAUACACUUACAUGGAUCAGUGUAUAAGACAUGUUGGCUGGGAUAACUGGGGGAACAUGGAGAACGAGAGAAGUGCUUGCUUUUAUGAAUACAGGUGUUUUGGACCUGGUUGCUGUCCAUCGAAGCGAGUAACAUGGUGUAGAGAAUUGUUGGAUGAAGAAGCUAAGCAGUUCGUCACGCAUCCUUUCAUCGAUCCAGAACCAGAGAAACCUUGGCUUGCUCAAAGGAUGGCCCUUAGAAUUCCGUAUUCUGCAUGAACAUUAGUGAGGACCCUUGAUGAGAAUGUUCCAAACAGCCAUACAUAGUUUACAAGCAUAAAAUAUUGUGUUUGUUCGCUUAAGAAAAUAUGCCUUGUUUGCAUCCCUGUGACGUGAUAGAUGAUGCGUUUUCCGUAUGAAAUCUCCCACGAGGUUAUAUUUCCUUCA